AUGAACAACAUCACCAUCUACGAGCACGACAAUGGAGAUAUCCAUCUCCGUCAAGCCUUCACUGUCACCAUUUUUGGCAUUAGAGUCUUCACCACCGUCACCCGCAAGGCUUCUGUUGUAAGGAAAUGGAUCUACAAAAUCCGUUACGAUCAUCGAUUCAGAAGAGAUCGUCUCGUGAUUGGUCUCGGUGUUCAAUGGUGUCCACCAAUUUCUAAUCCAGUAGCUACUCUGCAACUAUGUGUUGGUCGUCAAUGUCUCAUCUUCCAAAUCAUCCACGCAAAUUCAGUUCCUCGAGCUCUGAUGAAAUUCCUUUCUGAUGAUUCUAAUACUUUUGUUGGAGUCAUGAAUCACAACGAUUCUCGUUUGUUAAUUAGGAAUUAUAACUUGUCUGUGAAUCGUGUUUUGGAACUUGGAUCGUUGGCUAACCUUAGAGGUGCUUCAAUGGAGAUAUUGGCUGGAAGAAUUCUUGGGCUUUAUGGGAUCAAGAAGGAUCAAUGGAUUGGUAUGAGCAAAUGGGAUUCUUGGUGGCUUACAGAUUAUCAGAUUCAGUAUGCUUGUGUUGAUGCUUAUCUUUCUUUUGAGAUUGGGAGGAAGCUGAAUGCAUGGAAGCACUGA